GUAUGUUGUGUAUGUUCUAUAUGUACAAGAAAGUGGCAAGAUGGAGCUGAAAUUUUCGUUUUAAAAAAGGUAUUGGAAUUCAAAUUACCAAAUUGAAUAUGAAAACAAAAGUAAAACGAAUUUUCUAUUCUUAUAAUAGUACAUUAAAGAUAUGGUAAUUGUUAUAUUAGAUUGGUUUUAAGAAGCGGUUCGUCCAUAUUUGUUUUCUGUUUAGACCAAAAGGAAAAAAAAUACAUAAACCGUUGAAAAUAAAUAUUUUCCCUUGUAGGAGUCGUAGAACAAUUUCCACCUAUUAAUUAGGCAUUGUUUAUGAAAACAAACUAUGAAAAUGGGUGAGGGAAUAAAGCAAGUGAGAGUGGAUAAUUGGGGGGUGUUUUUCCUCCAAAGACUGCAAAUGUUCUUUAACAAAACAGACUAUUGCGAUCUUACUCUUCAAUUUGAAGGAAAUGUACAGCUUAAAGUGCACAGAUUAGUUAUAAAUGCAUGCACUGAGUACUUUACGUAUUUAGAACAAACCUGUGGAAUACAUGGAGAUAUCUUAAUAAUGCCGGCAGAUCUUCAGGCAGAUGUGGUUUUACCAAUUGUAAAUUUCAUGUACACAGGUAUGCUAGAGUUUCAUAUGUCAGUGUUUGAAAAGUUACACAAAACUGCUACCCUUAUGAACAUAACCGUACUUACAAAACUACUGGAUGCAUUAAAGUGUCCUAGUCAACCCUUUAAGCCCCAGAAAAUCAACAAGAGACCCUUAGUAACAAAAUCUCACAAUGUAAGCCCCACAUUGCCAAUAAAAAAAGCUGUAAAAUCAGAAUCAGAUUUGCCUGCACCUCUUCCAGGCCGAAAGUUGCCCAUUUGGAAAAGAAAAACUGUUCCAAAUUUAAAUUCUCAGGGAAUGGCAAAUAGUUUCACAGAGUUACGAAAGGAUCCACUUUCUAUGUAUGAUUCCACACCAAAGCCAACCCGAUUUGAAUGGCCUGAGGAUGAACUUCAGACUCUCAGUCUAUUUGAUGCAGCAUUUGAUGACAUUUCAUACACAAGUCAGCCUCUACUAACAAAAGAACACGAACCUAAACCAAGUACAUCUGCAGACAAGUCUAAAGAAUCUUCAAAUGGAAAAACAACCAUCAUUACUGUUCAUGAAGACGUCAAGGAAUUCUUAAGGGAAACGAAACGAAGAUCGAAUCUUUCAGAGUUUAAUAUAGACGAAAGUAGCUCUGAUGCUGGCAGCAUAACUACAGAAAGUCAUAAGAGGAAAAUCGACGACAAAGGCGAUGCUCCACUUACCAAAAAAGUCAGAUUCAAUAUAAGUGAAAAGGAAAAUCAGAACAGCAAAACAAAAGUAAAUAUCACACAUAUUGGGAAGACGACGCCAGAUUUAAGUCACAGCAAAAUUAUUACUGAAGUCCUGAAGCGGUAUCCACAUAUUGUCAAGAAAAACAAGAACAUAAAGCUCAAAAUUUUGGCAAAGAACAACAGCAACAGCCCUCCACCACCUAAUGAAAAAGGACAAACAUGCAAAACAUCAGCUUCUGCAGUGAGAGUCCAAGUGACAAAUGUAAAUGAAGAAAAAACUCAAAUUCAGAAAUCCAUAAUCGAUAAAAAAGACGGUCCGUGGAGCUGUAACAAGUGCAGCACCCCUUCAGAACCUUGCGAAUUUGUCCUGUACUAUUUAUACCGGAAACACAUGACCGAUUUGCAUAAUGAAAAAUUUGAUCCCCGCUUAUGUAAAUAUUGUGGGCACAAAUACAGUAAAUAUGAUUUGCUGCUGUAUCAUCAGUAUACAAAACACGGCAUCAAACCACCUUCAUCUCACGACUUUCCCAAAUGCAAUCAGUGCCCGUAUAUCGCUAUAACUGAAAACUAUUUGGCGAAACAUCAAAUGAAUCACACCAAGUUUGACGUACAAUGUCCUGAAUGCAAAGUGACCUUCAGUAGCCGUCAUAAUUUUAAUGCGCACGUGAGGAUCACAGGACAUACGGGGAAGUCCGACAGCGUUAGUUACGAUUGUCAAUAUUGCAUCAAAAAGUUCCAGAAUGAUUCGACUUUGUUCUCGCAUAUAAAAAUGCUUCAUCGUGACGAAGCUAUACGAGAUGGCGUGGUCAGCGUUAAUGAAGAAGAUUCCUUCGAAGACAUGGAAGACGAGGAUGUUGAAGCAUUGUUUAAUGACCAACCGCAAGAAGAACAACAGCAACAACACCAAAUCGACGAUAAAGAUGUAGAAGAAGAGGAGUUUAUCACUGAGGAGUACAUUACUCCUGAUGAUGUACAUCCCGUGAAAAAAGACAAGAUAAAAAUACUGUCGAAUGUAAAGGUAGACGGAAAACAGGCUCAUGUUGCGGAUCAACAACAGACAAUAACAUUACAAGGACACGAUACAGAAACUGAAACGCUGACUAAUGUUGCCGGUGGAAUCGCUACUAGUUUAGGUCUCGUGGAUAUUGUUGUUUUGGAUGACAAUCAACAAUACAUCCUACACUCGAAUGAUCAACAUUUAACAGCAGCCGCAACAACCCACAAUUCCAACCAGACCCAACCCGAGUUUAUUAUACCAGGUCUUACGGACACACACACAUUCUGCACUACACAAGCUGGUAAUAACCACAAUGCCAUCAUAAGCCAGACCAUGCUAAGCAAUUCCGACAUUGCAUCUACAGACGAACUGGUUAUGGUUCUCACGGACCAUGAUUACGGGGAUGGAAACCAAGAAUCCGUCAGCGGGGACAAUUCAAACAUUGUGGUUCUCUAUUCUCAUCCAGCUGUUGGAAACGAGGGACAAAUUAUAACCACCACACAAGGCAAUAUAAUGAUUAACUCAGAAACUGGAGUUUUUGAAUUACGAAACCCCGAAAAUUUUGUCCCUAUUUCUGAAAAUUCCGUUUUAAUGGGAAAUGGAACCCAAACUGCAAAUUCCCAGAUUGAAUCGAUUGAAAUGAUUCAACGAGAAAUCGAUUCUCACAGGAAAGAAGACCAGAAAGUCGUUACAACUGAAGUAGACAAACCGAUAGAAACGUCAUCACAACCAAUCUUUAUGCAAGAAGACAUUAUUAUCCAAACAAACAGCCAAAUGCCCCGGUCAGAGAUUGAAAUACAGGGCCAAGUCGAACCUGAUCGGGAAAUAGAACAAAUCCAAGUUGAAGCAGAAGCAACAGAAAAACCAACCGAAGAAAAGUCAGAAUCUAAGAUAGAAAUACCAACUGACGACAAUAGAAUGGUGGAGGAGACAAUCCAUAUGGAAGAAGCUGGGGAAAACGAAGAUAAAGAAGAUAGUUUCCUUGAAGAUCCCACAAAUGAAAGUCUUUCCGAUGCUCCUAUGCUAACACAACAAGAAUGUUUUUCAUCACCACAUCCAAUCCAUUGUGAAGAUCAACAGCAACUAAUAAACGACGAAGAAAUUAGUAGUGAAGAACCAAAAGAAGUUUCUGAAGAAAUAGCAAAUGAGUCACUUGACCAAGUACCUAAAGACGAAAACAAAGAGAAAGAGCAUAAUGAACUUAUCCAUGAACAAAUACAACUAAACUACGAAAACUUAGAAUCGUGCAUUACUGAAAAACCCCCCGAAAAUGUUGUAGAUGAUGAAAGUGUAAAAACAGAUCACAACGAUGAAGAAGCUGGUCAACAAAGCAAACCAACAGAAAAAGAAUAUUUAACAGAAGUAAUUAUUGAAAGUCCUCAUAACUCUUUUGGGGACCCUCAAAAUCAUAACAACGUUAAUGAACAACAAAUUCAACAAGAGAUUGUUGAAGAAAACAUUGCCGCAGAUAUUGAAGAAACACGAGAAUUAUCUCAGAAUGAUCGUGUUGCUGAAAAUCAAAAAGAAAAUAAUGUGUUAAAUGUGGCACCUGUUGAUUCAGAAUCAGAAGUUUCCCAGUCGUAUUCCGAAAAGGAAACGGAAGUAAAAAAGGAAAAAUCAUCAUCAGCUAAAAUUAUCCUUGACGAAUGGGAAGAUACCGACUCUCAGCAAUCAGGAAAUACUGAAAGUAAAAAUUCGAACACAAAUGAAGUGCACAAGUUGAUAGACGACUGGGAAGAUGAAGACGAAGAAGACAGUAGAAAAGCUAAUCCUUAAAAGUAAUUGUAUACCGUAUGUUCAUUUAAUGUGUAAUCAUGGAAUGAUUUUUAUUAAAAUCGUGAAUAGCCGA